CGGAAGUAGACGUGUGUGUAUCGGGAGGAACGGGAAGCCAUGGCGGCGGUGGAGCCCGAGUGGGAGCCGGCGGGGCUGCUGCCCGCCCCGGGGGGCGGCCUGGACUGGGAGGCGGUGCUGGGCGAGGAGCUGAGCGAGCUGCUGGGCGCCGCGGCCCCCAAGGACGAGCCCGACGAAAAUGAUCUCUACAACUUUCAUUUUGAUUUGGAUUUGAUGUCUUGGGACUCGGACCUUUGGAAUAUUACAGGCCAUGCCUAUGCAGAUGCCAAUGUGAAGACAGAACCUUUGUCACCAGCCACUUCCAGCUGCUCGGUCCCUUCGCCACCGUCUGUGGACUCUCCAGUGCAGAACGUGCCUGAUGAUGUGGACUUCAGCUGUAGCUCCCAGAUGUCUCCCAUUUCUCUCUACAGCAAGAGCUGCAGAAGCCCUGCAUCCCCUGAAGGAGAUGGGAAGAAGCCUCCUGGGGGACUCUCUUCUCGAUCUGUGAAUAAUUCUGCGAGGAGCUUGAAGAAGUGUGGUCAGACAGUGUCCAGGCCUUUGCUACAACCCAAACCCCUUUUGCCUGCUGUGCCUGAAACUCAGGCUAACAUUGGCAUCCCAGCUAAAACCAUCAUUAUUCAGACUCUCCCCACGCUUGUGCCACUGCCAAAGAAUCAGCCAGUUGUUAACAUCCAGCCAGCACCUCCUAAAGGUCCAUCCGUGGUGCUGCCCCAGCCUGCUGUGGUACAGCUCCAGGCUUCUGGGGUGCUCCCUGCCUCCCAGCCAGUCAUUGCAGUGGCUGGAGGAGCCCCAGCUCUCCAGAGCCAGGCGGUGAAGGCGCUGUCUGCAGCUGCUGGGAGCGGCUCCGGCAGCGGCAAGGUGCCGGUGACAAAGCCCCUGCUCCAGAGCAGCGCCCCGGCCACGGGGCUGGAUGUCAACGUCUUGCGGCGGCAGCAGCGCAUGAUCAAAAACCGCGAGUCAGCCUUUCAGUCACGCAAGAAAAAGAAGGAAUACAUGUUGGGACUGGAGGCCAGGCUGGAGGCAGCCCUGCUGGAGAAUGAGAAACUCAAGAAAGAAAACAGCACGCUGAAGAGGCAGCUGGAUGAAGUGGUAUUGGAGAACCAGAAGCUCAAAGUAUCAUCUCCAAAGAGAAGGACACUGUGUGUGAUGGUGAUCCUGGCCUUUAUAAUGUUGAAUUAUGGUCCAUUGAGUGUAUUUGAGAAGGAUCCCAACGGAGCAGAUUCCACUGUGAGUUCUAACCACCGCACCAGAAAUCUUCUGGAGUUCUCAGCUGGCCAGGAGUCCAGCCCAGCUCAGAAGGAACCUGAGGGCAUCAUUUCUGAGGAGAGUAACAGGUAUGACCGUUCUGUAUCUGAUAACAAAGCACUAAUGAUAGUCUCAGAAGAGCCACUGUUAUAUAUUUCACCACCAUCACCCCCCUGCCGGCCUCUGAUCAACAGGACAGAGUCCCUGAGGCUGACCCACGAGCUGCGGGGAUGGGUGCACAGGCACGAGGUGGAGCGCACGCGGUCCCGGCGCCUCAGCAACAGCCAGCAGCAGCAGAGAGCACGAGUGCCACAGAGCUCCCUCAGUGACAAAACAGAUUCCCAGCUAAUGGCCAUGCCUUACACAGACACCAGUCUCAGCAGGAACUCAGGGAAUGAGCUGCAGGUGUAUUAUGCCUCUCCCAGGAGCUAUCAAGACUUCUUUGAAGCAAUUCACCGGAGGGAGGACACGUUCUACGUGGUGUCAUUCCGCAGAGACCACCUGUUACUGCCAGCCACCACACACAACAAGACCAGGAGACCAAAGAUGUCUAUAGUGCUGCCAGCUGUAAACAUCAACGAGAAUGUGAUCAACGGGCAGGACUACGAGGUGAUGAUGCAGAUAGACUGCGAGGUGAUGGACACCAGGAUCCUGCACAUCAAGAGCUCCUCUGUCCCUCCCUACCUGCGGGAGCAGCGCAGGAAUCACAGCCACCCCCUGUACAGCUCGUCCCCCUCGGUCCCAGAGACUCCCCACGCCCUGAGGGCCAUUGUCAAGUCCCUGCAGUGACACACAGGCAGCACCCGGCCUGCAGCAGGUCCUGCUGCCAGCCUGAGCCCUUCCCUGGCAGCUCCUGGGCACAGCAGGGACAGUCCCCUCGAGCCCACCUUACCCAGAGGUCCCGUCCUGCCCAGGAUUGUGCAGCUCAGCUGGCUCCUGGCCAGGGACAGUCCUGGGGACCCCACGCAGCGUGGGGGACAGGGGCCAUCCCUGCCACUUCUGCACUGUCCACAGCUGGGGUUGUUCUGUGUUUUUGUCCCUGCUGGGCUGCCAGAGGUGGGCUGAUGAGCCAGAGACGUGGCAGCAGACACCCACACUUGGGUGCCUGGGCAGCAGGAGGAGGCCAGCUGUGUCCAGCUGUUGUGUCCAGCUCCCAGCUGCAGGUGAUGGGCCUGACCAGGCAGCCCCACUCCUCACCUUCCCUGCCCAAAUCCUGCCUGCACAGCCUCCCCUGCAGCAGUGGUGGGGCAGCCCAGUCCCCAGGAGGGGGCUGGGACCCCCAUCACCCCUAAAGCACUACAAGCAGAGCAGCCCCAGUGCCCCAGGGCUGGGCUGCCCACCAGGCCCACACCUGCCUGGCUCUCCAGGGUCCUGCUGCUGCCUUCCCCAGCCCACAGGGCUGCACAAAAGGCUUGGCCCAAAGGAAGUGAUUUCAUGCAGCAGAUGCAUUUGUAAAGUUUGGGGUUUUUUGAGUUUGUUGUUUUGUUUUCUUCCUGGUUUUUGUUUGCGUGGGUUUUUUUGUGUGUGCUAUUUAAUACUUUUCACUGCUUACAACAGCCUGGGGAGCAGCACUGGGCCCUGCUGGGGCAGAGGGGCUGCUUCAGUUCUGUGAGACACAGCCACAGCACCUUCUCUGAAGCCACACACAGGGCACACACAGCCAGACCCACACACAGGUCCCACACAGCCAGUCCCACACACCCUUCUGCCCUUCCAGCACUGCCAGCACUGUGGAAGGCUCCAACUACCCCAAGCACUGGCUGAGCCAACUGCUGCCAUUGCAGAGUGUCUGUGGAGCUCUGCCUCUGAUCCCACAUCUCUCAGCUGAGCCCCAGCCCCCAGGAGCAGCAGCACACCGGGGCUCAGCAGAGCAUCAGCCUUGCACAAUGACUUCAGCAUGUCAUUACAUUAUUUUUUCUCCCCUGUGCAGUUCACACAGAAGAUGAUGAGCUUCAGCUUGCCAGCCAGCUGCCUUUCCUUCACGGUCUGAGCUUUAACUGGCUGUGUGGGGUUUUUAAUUAUUAAUUAGUAGUGUUGGUGGUGGUGUGUGUGUGUGUGUGUGGCUGUUAGGAGAUAAACGUGGAUGCUGCAGCAAGACAGCUGCAGGGGCAGUGAGGAGGAGGAUGAGGGGCAGUGAGGAGGAGGAUGAUGAGGGGCAGCACACCCCUGUGGAGCAUGUACCUUGCAGCAGCACCAAGAGCUGUGCCCUUUGCCACGUCCCCGUUCCCCUGCUGAGAAGGAGCGGGGCUGGGCCGGGGCUUGGCUCUGCUCACACCAGUUCAUUUUCCUGGCCCAGCCCCACCUGACUGCAGGCCAGCUCACAACAGGCAGGAUAAAAACCCCAGCAGUGCCCCAGGCAGAGGCACACAGCUCCCUGCAGCUGUGGGCAGGGGCUGCUGGCUGCUCUGGGGGCAUUUGCUGCCAGGGAGAUGGGGAGGCCACUGGGCUGGUGGCUGGGCUUGGCACCUUGGCAAGGGCUGGGGGGCUCAGGACUGCUGCAGCAGCACCCCUGGGCUCUGCUGGUGGAGAGCAUCUCUCAUCCUGUGUAAUUCUGUCCUCUGUGUCCCUAGUACUGAAGGCAAUAAAAUCCUUCUUUUAUUUAUUACUAAUAA